UUUCCCACCUGUGAUGGGUGGAGUUGGGUCUAGCUGCUUGCUCCUUUCGCCUGCCUGUAGAUCCCUCAACCCCGCGUUCCGGCCCGUGCUUGGAGAAAGUUGGGCUAAGGGACUUCACCCGGUAGGGCCCAGGGCUGAGGUCUCUUUGCUGCCCGGACGGUGGACACUGGCGCUUUAAGACGCUCUGACCCCCCACGGCAUCCAGGCGGGGCGGGGACAGUGCCGGGCGCCACCGCCACUAGCAGGAGGCACAGUUCGGGGGAGGUAGAGCUAAGUGUCCUGCCCACCACCAUGCUGACCGCGCUCGCCCCGCCAGCCCUUCCUGGGCUCUCCAGGCGGCCGCCAGCCCCUACGCGGCGUCAGGAUUCGUCCGGUUCGUCCGGCUCCUACCACACAGCUCCGGGCUCUCCGGAGUCCCCGGACGUCGGGCCGGACGCAGAAGGCCAGGGGACUUGGCUCUGGGUGGCCCCUGGGCGGGGGGCGGGCGCGCAGCCUGUCCUGUCCGUCAGCGCCCAGAAUAGCCUCCAGCAGCACUGGUCCGGCUCGGGUUUCCCGCGAGGCCCGGGCUCCGGCCCGCAGCCGCCUCGGCCGCAGCUGCGCAUGCUGCCGUCGGGGGAGAUGGAAGUCAUCUUCGGCGCGGGGCCUCUGUUCAGCCGCUCGGACGACGCCGAGGGUCUGGAGGAGCCGCAGCUCACGGCGCCGGCCUUCAGCAGCCCCUGGCUGCCCGGGUCGGCGUCGCCUGCCUCGGUGUCGCCGCCUCCACCGCCUCCGGCCCCCGACCGGGGGGUCUCUCGCUGGGCCACCUACCUGGAGCUGCCGCCCCGCGGGCCGAGCCCCGCCGUCUCGGGCCAGUACGAGUGCGUGGAGGUGGCCCUGGAGGAGGAGCGCGCGGCGCCCGCGCGACCCCGCACGGUCCCGAAGCGUCAGAUCGAGCUGCGUCCCCGGCCCCGGAGUCCCCCGCAGGACCGUCGCGCGCCGCCGCCGCCGUCACCGCCGCAGCAGCCUCCGCGUCCCCGGCUGCUCCUGCGCACCGGCUCCCUGGACGAGUCUCUGAGCCGCUUGCAGGCCGCCGCGGGCAUCGUGCAGACGGCGCUGGCCAGGAAGCUGGGCUCCGCGGUGCCGGCCCCCGGCAACGUCACUGUCGGGUCCUCGGGGAAGCCAGAACCCACGAGGGACCCGCAGGAGACGGCACGCAGCACUCGCGCGGUGCGGGACGAGGCCACGUCUCGGCCACCCCGCCCACACGACAGCUCGGUCCCCGCCAGAGCCCCUCGGCCUUGGCCCAGCCUCCGAGAGCGAGCGAUUCGGCGGGACAGGCCGGCGCCCGGCGGGACCGAGCCGCUGGGCCCGGUGAGUUCGAGCGUCUUUCUGCAGACGGAGGAGAAGGUCCAGCCGGCUCACCAACAACAGGAACCCAAGACCCAGCCGCACCCCCGCGAGACGCCCGAUCGCACCGUCCCGAGGGCGCCGAGUCCCCCUUUCCACACCAGAAGCUCCCGGGUGGCUCCCGGGAGGCUCGCGAGGCCGAGGAGGAGCCCGUCCCCUCCGCGGCAGGCGCCCGACGGGGCCGCGCGGGGUCGCUGCGCGUCCCCCGCCCAGAACCUCUCGAGACCUCCCAGAACCGUCUGGAGAGUGAGCGGCCCGUCCUGCCCCGAAGCGUCGUCCUCUGAGUGGGGAGAUGGGAACGAGGCCGUCGAGGAAGCCCUGAGCCCAAGGAGCCCUUCCCCGCCACCCCUCCCCCAGCGGACUCCGGGUGUCAUCAGAGUGGGGAACCCAGGGCUGGAGACCCCUUCUCCGUGGAAGGUUUCGCCUUCGACGGGCGGGGACGCCACGGGGCCGGGCAGGGACCCGUCCCCGCCAGCCCUGCUCUCCGGGGAGUCACCCGAGCAUCCCACCGGCACGAGCAUCCCGCCGCCCCGAGAGAGGUCCCGGGGUCCGACCGCGCAGGGCCCGCCGACGGCAGCCACGCGUCAGGACGCCGCGAACGGCCUCGCCCGGGAGGCGGGGCCGCCCACACCGCCGGCGCCCGGGACCCCCGAACUCGCGGAGGAGGCGGCGCAGCGUCCGCUCACGACGGGAAACGCGAACGCAGCCCACGGAGCCCGGCGUCGGCCCCCGGAGCCGCCCGGAAGUCACCCCCCAAGCGUCCCGAACGACGAGGACGAUGCGUGCCCAGAGGCUCCGGCCGCGGGAGACGCGGCUUCCGAGCGCCCGCGCGUGACCGUCCCGCGUCCUCGGGACGUGCGCAAGAUGGUGAAGACCACCUACGCGCCGAGCUUUCCCGCCGCGGGAGCCCCGGGCCGCCGCGGGCUCCCCGCGCCCCCGCCGCCUGACCCGGUCCGCGGGGAGGAGGGCGACGCUGCGUCCCAAGCCCCCGAGCUCCCGGCGCCGGAGUCGCCCGCCCCGGCCCACUACAUGUCCGUCUUCCUCAAGGACUUCCUGCCGGUCGUGCCUCACCCCUACGAGUCCCCAGAGCCCUCACUCCACGCGAGCCCUCCGGACGCCCCCCAGACCAGCGGCGUCCCGAGGCGGAGAGCGGAGAACAGCACCGCCAAGCCCUUCGCGCGCAGCGAGAUCCGCCUGCCCGGCGCCCUCGCCCGGAGCCGGCCGCCGCGGGAGGAAACGGCGGGCGUCCGAGGAGGACACAGCCCCGCGGCAGAAAAGCCGGACACGGAGGAGGCCCCUCUCGGGGUCCCGGACCUCGAGGGUCGGACCAGCCCCGCAGGAGGCGCUCGCGCCUCCACCCAGAGGCCCCCUUCGGGAUCAGCAGGGACCCAGCCCCUUCCUCGCCCCGGCUCGCCCCAGGCACGACGCCCCAGCUCCAGCCUCGUCGGGGCAGCACCCGAAUCGGAGUCGGAGGCACCCCUCGCGGCUCCUGCCACCGUGGUCCCGGCGCCCCAGCCCCGGGAGCCGCCGGCGACGGCGGGCAGGACGGCCGCACCCCUGCCCCGAGCUGCCUCCGCGCCUCCCACCGAGCGAGCCCCUCCCGCAUCCCCCCUUGGCAUGGCGCGGAGGCCCCCAGGAGCCGCGCCGCCGCCGCCGCCGCCCGGGAAGAUUCUCGUAGACCCGCAGAGCGGUCGCUAUUACCUCGUGGAGGCUCCGCGGCAGCCCAGGCUGCGGCUACUCUUCGACCCCGAAAGCGGGCAGUACGUGGAAGUGCUGCUGCCGCCCUCGCCCUCUCUCCCCCGGCCACCACCACGACAGGCCUACUCCCCGCCGGCCCCGGGGCCCGGCCUCUACCCGCCAGCCUACGGGCCAAUCCCCGGCUCCUCGCUGUCGCCGCCGUCCCCUAACCUGCCACCCCUUGGCAGCCUCCAGCCACCCUGGGCCCCCGAGGCUGGUGCACUGGAGGGGAUGUACUACGUGCCCUGGAGCGGGACCCCCAGUCCGGCUCCUCCACCGAUGCUCUUCUGUGCCCCGGCCUCCAGCUGCGGUCCCAUCCAGUCCAGCAAGGGUUCGGUGUUUCCUUUGUGAAGCCUCAGGUCCCGAUCCCCGUUGGAGUUGUGUACCCUAGAAGGCUUUGGAAGUCCUGGUUCCCAGUCUUUUAAUAUAUAUUUUUUUCCCCUCCAGUCAACUCUUUGGCUAGUUCCAGCCAGUCCACCAAACCAGAAGUGACCUUAAGAGACUGUGUCUGCUACCUGGGCUGAUAGUGCCUGACUGCCUCCACCACCACCACCCCCAAAACGUGGAUCCCUUUCCCAAACCUUCCCAGGGUGUGAUGUAUUUGUGUAUGUGUGUAAGCAGGCAAGCAAGUAUGUCAAAAUGAGACCACUUAAGAAAUGUCGAGGGCGGGGUGGGGGGUGUCCCCAGAGUAGCAGCCAAGGGCUGCCUGUGGUGCUGCUGCUGCUGGUGGUGGUGGUUGAGCUGUUUGUUAUCUCCCUAACCCCGGGCCCAGUUGAGUGGAGCAAGACAGUGUUUGCUGCAGAGAUGGAGGGGAUGGAUGACAGCCAUCAGAUCUGGAUUUGAGCCUUGUCCCAGGAGGUUACAGGAAGAAGGCAGUGUGACACACACACCCCAAAGCCAGCUGGGGGGCUCAGAGUGGCGGCUUUGAGGACAGUAAAUGGGGGUGGAGCAUCGAUGUCGUUUAAGGAGAUGCGGAGGUGUACAGACAGAGUGGGAUGGCCCAGGAUUGCCGUGGUCCCUGCGCAGACAGCCAAAGGGACAGAAAGGCCUGCAGAAGAGGUCUAGGAAGCAAGGAAGGGGGGGAGUGACAUUAUUCUUUGGGCUUUCAGUUUUCUGGGGGUGGCCAAGGACAAGUGGGCAAGUGGUAAAUUAAAGACCAUCGAGUGAUCAGCAAACACUUCUCUCGGCUGGCCGUUCUUGAAGACUGACAGGGCAAGAAUCUAGAAAAACAAAUUAGAUUUCGGGAACUGUGGUUGUUUAAGCAGGAUGGAGGGGCUUUAUAAAAUGGUGUGACCACAGCCCACAGUCCACGGCGUGGAGCCCAGCUCCUCCUCAAGCCCCCAGUGCCUGUCUUCUGUAGACCCUCGGGAGUGAGCUGAGCUAGGUCUUCUCGAAGCUGUCCCCAUCCCACCAGAGGGCCCUGACACUUAGCUGGUUCCAUUAUCCGUGCAAAGACAACAGUGCCCACACAGGGACUGACCCUUCAUGCUGCUCACAGCACAAGAAAGACCCUAAACCCAUGAUCCACCUGCCCUGAGCCGGGGGUAAACCGAGUACCGUCUCUGUGAGGUGGGUGUUAUCUCGGUGUAGAUUUGGGCCUAAAAUGACUGAACCUUGCUGGAGGGCUGUUUGGGGAGGGACGUUCCCACUAGAAGCAGGGUGUGGUUCCAAGGCUAUGCAGCCAAGAUCUCCUGGACCCUCUAUACACCAGGAGCCUUGCCCUAGACUGGAAACCAGCCAGAAUACUGAGUCAGAAUGACCUGGAUGUCUCUACCACAGACGCUGAUCCCAAUGGCAUAGAGGGACCAGGCUGCCAUUCUUGCCCUGGUGGGCAAUAAAUGGCUGACCAUGGAGAGUCACGGUGACUGAAAUAAUAACUAGUAUAUAAUCCUUAUUUCCUGCUGCCCCCUUAAAAAACAAACAAACAAACAAACCUGGAAUGGUGAUACCCAAUACGUGGGAGGCAGAGGCAGGUGGAUAUCUUUGAGUUCUUGAUCUACAGAGUCAGAGCUGUCUCCAAAAAAAAGCGAUAUAAAUAAAUAACACUUAAAAUA